AUGCAGACUCUGUCGACGCUGGAGAGGCGACGAGAGGAAAGCAAGGCGGGUGAACCGCAGGUGUUGUUGGGUGUGGACAGGGGAGAAAAGCAAGAGGAAAGCGGGUUCGCACGAAAGAGAGCAAGCAAGAAGAGGCAGCAGGAGAGGCGGCGGGAGACAAGACCAGGCGCCCCUCGCUGGUGCAAGUUUAGCUACCAGACGCCCAGCUCUGUCCCCGAUCUUGAGGGACGCUGCCCUCCCGGCGAGAGGGCGGCCGUGCCUCACAUCGCCGUCGAGGACUGCAAAAACACAUCUCAGAUCCGGGGAGGCCAGUGGCCUGCGAAUCUUCCCAAGCCCGAAAGCUGUGCCAAUUCUGCUCGCAAUGUCGUGAUCACGGCCGGCUGCUGGCUGAGGGAGGUCGUGGGCGGGCGUCUGACACUUUGGGGCCAGGAAGUCCUCUCUACCCGGCCAAGUCGGUACUCUCAAGUCCACCUGAGUUGCACUAACAGCAGACUACCGCCCGCGAACGAAACGGGGCCCAAGAGGAAGUACGAGAAAACGAGUGAGAAAAAGGAAUUCGAGUUCUGGGGAAACCGAGGGCGCAGCACAGCGUAA